AACACCCCAAUGCGCUGAAAAUAUCAUAGUCCUGCCUUUACCAUCUGCCAUUUCAAACAGUUCACCUAGAUAAUGAUAUUAAUGGGAGUGGAUGCAAUUUAUGUACACCAAUGAAAUGCCUUGCUAGCUGCACUUCUUGUUCUACUUACUAUACAUCAUUAGCUACUGUCUAGAUAUUGUUUACACUAACCAAUCCCAACAAUAUUGCAUUGUAGCAUUCCAAAAUUAAGAGAUUUUUGACAAAGGGUAUAUUUGUGGAAGAUCAUAGAGAAGCAGUCAUGUCAAGUUCAACAGAUGAUGUGAUGAUGGAAAUAGAGGCUCAUAGGCCUCAAGGGAAUGGAAUGGUGGUGGGGGGAUUGAGUCCUUUGAGUGAAACUCUGUGGAAAGAAAAAACAAAUACAGAGUUUAUUGGGGAUGUCUCGGCGAGAUUGGCUUGGAAGGAUCUGACUGUUAUGGUGACUCUUGGUAAUGGGGAGACUCAGAAUGUUUUGGAAGGCCUUACUGGCUAUGCUGAGCCUGGGACUUUUACUGCUCUUAUGGGCCCUUCUGGUUCUGGGAAAUCUACUCUGUUGGAUUCUCUGGCUAGCCGCCUUGCGGCGAAUGCUUUUCUUUCUGGGGAUAUUUAUCUUAAUGGUCGAAAACAAAGCCUCUCCUUUGGAACUGCUGCAUAUGUGACUCAAGAUGAUAACUUGAUUGGUACUCUUACGGUUCGUGAAACAAUUUCAUAUUCAGCUAGACUUCGUCUGCCUGAUAAAAUGCCUUGGGACGAGAAACGAUCACUGGUUGAAAGUACUAUUAUAGAGAUGGGACUUCAAGAUUGUGCAGACACUGUUAUUGGAAACUGGCACUUGCGCGGGAUAAGUGGAGGUGAGAAGAGGAGAGUUAGCAUUGCUAUUGAAAUCCUCAUGAGGCCUCGAUUGCUGUUUCUUGAUGAGCCAACAAGUGGACUUGAUAGUGCUUCGGCAUUUUUUGUGACUCAGACCUUAAGAUCUCUAUCUAGAGAUGGAAGGACUGUCAUAGCCUCUAUUCAUCAGCCAAGCAGUGAAGUGUUUGAGCUUUUUGAUCGCCUGUACUUGCUUUCCAGCGGAAAGACUAUUUAUUUUGGCCAGGCUUCAGAAGCAUAUGAGUUCUUUGCACAAGCUGGUUUCCCCUGUCCUGCCCUGAGAAACCCGUCUGAUCAUUUUCUGAGAUGCAUCAACUCUGAUUUUGACAAAGUAAAGGCUUCCCUAAAAGGAUCUAUGAAACUCAGGUUUGAGGGAACUGAUGACCCUUUGGACAAGACAACGACAGCUGAGGCUAUUCGAACUCUUACAGAGUUCUAUCGCACAUCUCAGUUCUCUUAUUUAGCAAGAGAAAAAGUUGAGGAGAUGUCUAAACUUAAAGGGACAGUGCUAGAUUCAGGAGGCAGUCAUGCCAGUUUCUCUAUGCAGGCUUUUACACUAACCAAGCGUUCAUUUGUCAAUAUGUCGCGGGACUUUGGUUAUUACUGGCUGAGGCUAGUAAUCUAUGUUGUGGUCACAAUCUGCAUCGGGACAAUUUAUUUGAAUGUUGGGACUAGUUACACUGCCAUUCUGGCAAGAGGAGCCUGUGCCUCUUUUGUGUUUGGAUUUGUCACAUUCAUGUCCAUUGGUGGUUUUCCGUCUUUUGUUGAAGAUAUGAAGGUGUUUCAAAGAGAAAGAAUGAAUGGACACUAUGGGGUGGUUGCAUUUGUGAUCAGCAACACUGUAUCCGCGAUGCCAUUCCUGAUAAUGAUUACAUUUAUCUCUGGAACCAUCUGCUAUUACAUGGUCCAUCUGCAUUCUGGAUUCAGUCAUUAUAUCUUCUUCGUGCUGUGCCUCUACGCAAGUGUCACUGUGGUAGAGAGUCUCAUGAUGGCUAUUGCAAGCAUCGUUCCCAACUUCCUCAUGGGAAUCAUCACAGGGGCUGGAAUUCAGGGAAUCUUCAUGCUAGUAUCCGGAUACUUCAGACUUCCGAAUGACAUUCCAAAGCCAGUUUGGAGAUAUCCAAUGUCUUACAUCAGUUUUCACUUCUGGGCUCUUCAGGGACAGUACCAGAAUGAUCUAAAAGGACUAGUAUUCGACAACGACACCCCUGAUAAACCAAAAAUCCCCGGAGAAUAUGUGCUGGAAUACUUUUUCCAAAUCAAUGUGCAUCGAUCAAAAUGGGUAGACCUCAGUGUCAUCUUCUCUAUGAUUGUGAUUUACCGCAUCAUAUUCUUCUUGAUGAUCAAGAUGAACGAAGACUUCACUCCUUGGCUAAGAGGCUAUAUGGCGAGACGGACGAUACUACAGAAGAAGGGAAACUCGAUCACCAAUGUGGCUCCCUAUGGUCUUACUCAAUCACCUUCACUGCGGAAUUUUGCAGACAAUAAAUCAACAGGAAGUGGCAGGCGUAGGCAACCACAACCACCAAGACGCAUUUGAAGACCAUUGUUGUGAUAAUCUGAUUUCAUGCUUUUGUGUUUAUUACUACUAAGAAAGUUUCAACAAUGUUUCAAGAAAGUAUCAUUGUAUUUAGCAGUUUAUUACAAUAUCGUAAAACUUAAGUACAGCUCAAAUGAUUUUAAGCCAGAAUUCCACGCUUUCAUGGUUACAAACCCAUGGGUAUAAUGCUUUAUAAAUUUGGAUUGUGGGUUGUUCUCAAA